UGUGCCCUGCGAAGUUCCAGUGCCGCGAAGACAGCACUUGCAUCGAGUUCAGCCGGGUCUGCAACUGGCAGCGGGACUGCGUCAACGGGAGCGACGAGGAGCAGUGCAGUGAAGGGGUCCCCUGUGGUCCUUUCACCUACCGCUGUGAGGAUGGGACCUGUGUGAAGAAACCCAACCCCCUGUGUGACACUACGGCCGACUGCAAGGACCUGUCCGACGAGAAGCACUGCGACUGUGGCCUGCAAGCCCCUCUCAGCAGGAUCGUGGGUGGUGCGAAUUCUGUGGAAGGGGAAUGGCCGUGGCAGGCCAGCCUGCAAGUUCGGGGACGCCACAUCUGCGGGGGAACACUCAUUGCUGACCGCUGGGUGGUCUCAGCCGCCCACUGCUUCCAGGAUGAGAGACUGGCCUCCGCCUCCAUCUGGACCGUUUACUUGGGCAAAUAUUUGCAAAAUGCCACCAGCCACACAGAGGUGUCCUUCAAGGUGAUCCGCCUCUUCCUCCACCCUUAUUACGAGGAGGACAGCCACGAUUAUGAUGUGGCCCUGCUCCAGCUGGACCAUCCUGUGAUCAUCUCGCCCCUAAUCCAGCCCAUCUGCUUGCCUGCUCCGUCUCACUUCUUUGAGCCUGGCCUUCAUUGCUGGGUCACCGGCUGGGGAGCCCUCAAGGAAGGCGGGCACAUCAGCAAUGUUCUGCAGAAGGUGGACGUGGAGCUCAUCCAGCAGGACAUCUGCAGCGAGGCCUAUCACUACAUGAUUUCUCCCAGGAUGCUGUGUGCUGGGUACCAGAAGGGCAAGAAAGAUGCCUGCCAGGGUGAUUCUGGAGGUCCGCUGGCCUGCAAGGAACCCAGUGGGAGGUGGUUUCUGGCCGGUUUGGUCAGCUGGGGAAUGGGAUGCGCACGUCCAAAUCACUAUGGAGUAUACACCAGGAUCACUCAAGUGCUGGGCUGGAUGAACCAAACCAUGAGCUGA